AUGGAACCACCUCUAAUGGAUGGCUUCGAUCUUCCCACCACCUCCGGCCCGUCUGCUACAAUCGCCGGCGGCGACGACCGGCCUCCGGAGAUGACCGGAGACGGCGGCUUGGAGGACGCGGACACGGGUCCGCCUCCUGACAGGUGCGAGGCGCUGGCUGCGGCCAUCGCGGGGGUGCUAGGCAGCGCGCUUGAGGAGCAUGAGGCGCGCGCCGCAGCCACCGCCCAGAGCCAGGCCGAGCUCGCCAUCGCCAUUGACCGCCUCAAUGGAGAACUAGACAAGCUAUUGGAGAAUGCUCCCUCCCCGGUAAUAGCACAACAUGCAGCAAGGAUUUCCUCUAUCCGCAAGAGAGUGUUAGCGCUAAACAUGCUACUGAGGUCCAUACAAAGACGUAUAGAUAAUAUGGAUAGAAUGAUUUCUACCGGUGUUACAAGUGAUCAUUCAUCUCGUGUGCAGUUGCAAAACCAGAAUUAA